AUGAACCUUGAAACAUUUGCACGAGUGAGGAACAUUACCCGUAUUUUUCCUGAGCAAGACGUACUGGGCCAGGCUUUUGAAGACGCACUUGAAGUCCUGCAGCAACACUCUGACAGAGACAUGCAGAGCUCACCAGGCAGAAAAAAACUUCGACUGUUUGAGUACCUCCAUGAGUCCCUGUAUGAUCCAGCAAUGGCAAACUGCAUCCAGUGGGUAGAUAAGCCCAAUGGUGUCUUCCAGUUUGUCUCCAAAAACAAGGAGAAACUAGCAGAACUGUGGGGAGAAAGAAAGGGAAACCGCAAGAUCAUGACAUAUCAGAAAAUGGCCAGAGCACUGAGGAAUUACGGAAGGACAGGUGAAAUAAUUAAAAUUCGAAGGAAGUUGACGUACCAGUUCAGUGCUGUUGUUUUGCAGAGACUUGCUCCAUCUUACUUCUUGGGAAAAGAAACAGUUUGCCAUCCCUAUAUUCAGUCCAAUCAAGAAUAUCAGUGUGCAGAUGACUGGAUUAGUUACAAUAAUUACAUGUAUAACAACAGUUAUGCAUUACAGCAUGCUAAACAGCUGGACAUGUCUUUCACAUAA